UGCUUGCCGCGCUAGCCAGCUUGUUUCUUUCCCUCUUACCCCUGCCUCAGCUCCCUUAUCAACAACCAGGGCCCAGGAACCGCCACUUCCUACAGGACAGUUCUAAAUACUUCCAACACUGGACUUCGCCCCCUCCUUGCGAUCCUUAUAUAAACCCCGUCUCUCCUUCGUAUUUCCUUCUCCAUUCCUCGUUCAGUCAUGUCUCUUACAAAAAGAAGCUCCACUCUCUCGUUUGCGGCAGAAGCGAAGCAGGCGAAACAUGCAUCGUACCCGUAUCACACCUCGCGAUCCAACAGCCAACCCUACUCUACCCUUUUGUUUAGUACCGACACAUCCGAGCCUGCUCAGCUGAAGCAUGAUCCCACACAGCGCCCCCACAGCAUUGCUCAUCACGCCUCUGUGGCCUCAUUCAUGUCCAGCUCGACUGCCAACUACACCGUCAACACCAAUAGUAUUUAUACCCAUCCUGCAAGCUCCAACCUCCAGCGUCAGGUUGUCAGCAAGAAUACAAUCCGCCAGAAUAUUAAGCACCAGCAAAAAGUCAAUCAGAAAAAGGCCCUUCCAUUGUUUCCAACCGAGCGAACCAGGGGUGGUUCCUCGGUCCAUAAUACUCUCAAGCCAGUCGACAUCACGAAGAUCGAUCUGAUGCCGAUCGAGUACAGCCAUAAGAUCAUCAUGUGCUGCAUUGACGAGAUCAAACUGCGGGGACUGAAGCACAAGCAUCUCUUUCGGAACGCAUUCUACAGCCCUUCCGUUGAGGGGGCUCUGAAGCUACUGAAGGAUCCCAAGAAGAGCCAGCUGUUCUCGGUCAAGAUGAUGCGUGUGGAUACCGUCGCCGGCCUCUUAACAACUGUGCUCUCACGCACAUAUCCACCCCUCAUCCCUCCACACGUUCAAGAGAUGUUCCAGAAUCCCAAUGGGCGCUUCUUUUUCGAGCUACUGAGCCUGCUUCCAGAGUUGAAUCGGUUCCUUUUUGUGGAGAUUCUGGACCUCUGCUGUGACCUGGUAGACAAUUCGCUAUACAACCAUCUCAGCAGCAGUAGACUCUCAGUCUAUCCGGGGUCAUGCUGCUUUGGUCUGGAUGAGUUCAUGCCCACAUGGGACACGCGUUAUCUGCUGUCGACGACCGUUAAAAAGUUCACAGGCGCAUUUUAUCACAUCAUUUACGCCUAUCGAGAAGAACGAGAUCUGUCUGCAGAUGAGCUCGAGCAGAAACUGGUGACGCGAGACAAACUCUUGGCAGAGCAGCGUCUGGAGGCUCUGGAACGAGAGCAUGGACUGGAGGGCGCACACAAUAUUCUGAAGCGUGAGGCCAGGAUCGCAAAGGGACUGCCACCGGAUUCUCCAGUGGUCAUCCCACAUCUGCCAGCAGAUGUGAAGGAGAUCUCGCUAUAUGCAAACAGGAAGGAGCGGGUCGUCGCUGAUGACGCCAUCUCAGUGCUGGAUAUGCAGUUGGACGAUGGAGCCGAUACAGCUGUCGUGCAGAAACUCCAGAUUGUCGAAGUGAAGACGCAGGAAGAGGAGAAUGUCGAGCAUGUGCUGGCGGAUCUGCGGAAGAGUAUAUCUGUGGCGACACUGGAAUAUUACGCGACAAGGUCAUCGUCCUCAAGGACCCUCUUGAGCAACUCUUCAACAUCCACACUUGCGUCUUCACGAACGAUCUCAAGGUCCCACCCUCUUCGCAAUUCUCCAGCGACGCGACCCAAUUUGGUUCGCGCAAAGUCAUCGACGGCACGUUUCGGAACAAUCGAGCAAAACAUAUACCCGGUCUCCCCUGGCGAUAUUUUUGGAAUCAGUCAACAUGCGAUCCAGCGACGCGAGCUCCAGAACUUCCUUUCCAUUGCCAGGACCGAGAAGAAGCGCAGGACGAUCACGUCCAAGAGAAUCAUGCAACUGCGUCUGCAAAACAGGAUGCUUCGACAGUUCUCUUCCAUUUCCUCCUUCACUUCCUCUUCGGACUCUGGAUUGUCUGGUGCAGUUCCGUCGAGACCAAGGACUGGAGCGGCGGUACCGAUUUGCAUCAUGUAUAGGAACCGGGAUAUGCACUCAGGGCAGAGACAGCUGUACAGAACUCAUACGCAAUCAACGUUCUCGCAACUGAAAACGAGCCCAGUAUCCACACAUGGCCUACGCCGAGAAAGAACCCGCCAGCUGCGUAAGGAGCUCAAGGUAUACGAAACACAAGGGCUUUCGGCAGAGGAGGCGAUGGAGCAGCGAGAAAUCGAUAUGAAGAAGAAGCGUCGGAGAGAGAAACGGGCCCGACUGGCCGCACAGGCGAAGGCCGAGGCUGCAGCGCAGGAGGAGGCGCUCGAAAGGGCAGCAGCUGAAGCGGCCGCAGCGAUUCAGGCGGAGGACGAUGUCACGAUGGAGGAGGCCGAAAUCUUGGAGGCGUUCGAUUACUUGAGCGACCAAGAGUUCGAAGAAUUUAUGGCCCUGGCUGGUCUGACAAUGCAGGACGUCGAGCGGAUCCGAGAGAAGGCUGCAGCUGCAGCCUUGAACCAGGUUACGAAGGACAUUCAGUCGGUCGAUGUCAAGAUCACACCCUCAAAGGCAGAGACUGACCAGGAUUCCAAGCAGGAGAUCUCCAAUCACGAUUCCGGCAUAAUGGUUCCCACUAUAACGACGGCGACAAACACCAUAGCGGAACCUUCAGCAACUGCGUCGUCCUUCGGAAGUGCGUACAGCCUGGUAGCCGAACCAACCACACGACAGAGACGACCCCUUAGUAUCCCGCACAUGACCUCAAUGGACCUGUUGCUCAAGAAUGCGACUAUGAUUGGCGACAGCAAUCUUCGAUGCUACCCAGCCGAGAAGCCAGUUACGGAGCCGACACAUGGAGGACUCUUGUCACAGGCUGCUGCCGUGAUUGCUCAACCACAGCCGAAGGACGAGGUUGUGGCACCUAUCACAGUACCCAGCGUGCCUACGAGCGCGCCGGGUCAGGAACAGCGGGAGGAGAGGAAGAGUGAGGAAUCGACAGCGUCCUCUACAGAAACCGUCGUUGUUGUCGAGUCAACCGAGCCCGCCAUGAAGAAUUAUCGCCCAUCCCCAGAACCGUUGCUGAUUACAAGGUCCAUCCCAGACGUCAAGAGCAGAGCCUCUAAAUUUGAGCAGGCCAUGGAACGCGCGCAGAAUGCUCUCCACUCCAAGAUCCUUAACCGAACCAAUGUUGAGGUCGCUCCACAGCCUGCAAAGAUUGUGAUCCCUGCAGUCAUCCCCAGGAAGGUCUUUGACGUUUCGUCCGUGUAUGAGGUGCAGCGAGAUGAGGAUGAGGACGAUGAUGAUACGGAGGGCGAAGAACUACAAGUGCUCGAGGUCGAAAGCGAUGAUGGGGAGUCGACUGUAGAGCUCACCAUGGAUGAACUUAAAGACUUUGACGAGGAGGCUGAGCUGCGAGAGCUGCUGGAGGCCAUGACGGAGGAUGAGCGUCAGGAGUUCGUGCGACUCUCACGGCAGGAAGCGAUGGUCUCCAACACCUUCUCUGAGGGCGUGUAUGCUUAAAAUACUAUGCUAAUUGUAAUAAAACCACGCCAAUAGUUAGGCCAAUCUUAGUUCUGCCAGUUAUGCUAUA